GUCCAUGAGAGAAUGUUCAAUUUCGUUUCAAAACUUUCUUACAGCGUACAUCGGCUUUUUUGGCUAUUUAGAAACUGUCAUUUAGGAUAUAUGAGUUAUUUAUACUUAAUCUCCACUAAUGUCAACAAUGGAUUGAAUUCGAAGGAUAUAUUCGAUGUGAAUGCAGGACUUAAUUUUGGAUCUGUAGACUUGACAGCUGGACACAGCAAAAUUGGUAUUUUUAGUUAUCAAUUUAAGUCACAUUUUGCUUUGGAAAUUGUAUUCGAGAAUUUUGCGACUUAUUGAAUGACUAUGAUAUCCGAUAUCAACAUAUCACAUGGGAUUUGCAUAUCACCAACUUCGACACCAAGCUGUCCUGAAAACAUUGAUUACAAAGUCUUUACUUUGUUCAAAUUACUGGGCGGAAGCAAUGACGAGGUUGACAAUGUGAGCAAUAGUAUGGAUGUUCAAACAUUGUACGGCGUUCAAACUGGGAUUGCAUUAUAUCUGAAAGAUGCGUGUAAAUGCUUGGCUGACUUUCAAGAUCUUUUGACUGAGGUUCGUUUGUUGGCUAACGAGGCACGGGCGUUACAAAUGGAAACGGGUACCAUGAUGACACGAGCUGCAAUCACAAUUAAUCAUAUAACGGAAACAAUGAUUCCACUGGUUUAUAAAGGAAUCGAAUCACAGGACAUACAUCUUUUAGGAAAGGCUUUCGAUCAAGUGAUCGAACAUGCAAAAUCGAUGAGUACCAAACCGAAGGAGACUGCCGACAGAUAUAUCCGGCUUCAACAGAAAGUUACUGAUCAAAUAAAAGAAGUUGAGGCUAGACAUGAAAUGGAGCAGCAGGAGUAUUCACACAAUCAAAAGAAAGUAUGCAAUGAAGAGGAAUUAACAAAACAGGCCGAAAUUAAACAAAAGAAGCUCAAUACAAUGAAGCAAAGUCUAGAUGAUGAGAUGACGAUUCUUAAAGACCAGUUACUGCACGAAAGAGACGAGGUAAACUCCGAUCUUAAAUCAGGCACUAACCGAUCCAGUGGUAUUGACCCGUUCGAAUGGUUUAAGAAAGCGUAUCAAGCUGUCGUGGGUAACAACGAUGAGAUGCGAAAAAUUAGGGAGCGCAAUAACAGAAAAGAGGAACUUGAGAACAAAAUUCAACGUUUAAUGUCAGAUCACCACGAUGUGAGUAAAAGUUUACAUGAAGUAAAUAAGGACGUUAUUGAAAGAAAAGCGGCAUUGGAGGAACUUAAAGCACGGAAAGUAAAGAAUGCAGACGCAAAGAGUCUUAAGCAAGUGCGCGACCUGCUUGAAAGAGUUCAUCAACACCUGGGACGUGUAGCGUUAUUUUGGGAGAGCAUGACGAAAGAAGUUUUAGACCUAAAAUCGGUCGUCAACUUUGGCAAAAACAUGCACGUUCUUCGAGCCCGAGAUCGCUUCAAAGGUUACGAAACGCUAACACAGAAGCAGUUAACCCUUUCACAGCGCCAAAUGGCUAAUUGUCUUGAGCUGACUUACAUAGCUUCACGUCAGCACGCAGAAGUUGCGGGAAAGGUUAGACAGACUGCUCAUGAUGCUCGAUCGGAGGAACUGCGUUCCCUCGGAAUGAUGAAGAAACUGAAGGUUACGGCGCAACAUAUCAUUGACACGCUUAUUCCCUAUAUCGAAAUGGGAGUAAGCAAUAAGGAUCCGAAGCUUUUGCAGGCUGCCAUUACAAUGACUAGCCAUUAUGUUAAGGCUAUGGAACAGACAUCAGACGAAACAGUCCAGAGCUACAGCCGAUUUCAAGAAAAAAUUAUGGAAAUGCAACUGUAUGUAACUGGUAAACAGGCAGAUCUUGAAGAAGAAACACAGAAACUUCAGAAGGACAUUCAGAAGCAGAAAAAAUUAGUUCUUGAAGCAUUAGCUUAUCAGGAGGAAAAGGAACGCGAGAGACAUGCGUUGAUUGCAUCAAUGAAAAGCAUGGAAAUAGAACAAAGGAAUAGGAUGAGACGUGUAGAGCAAGACUGUGAAAAAGCGAUAGAGGUGGCGACAAAUCCGAACUGGCUCGAUGGCCUUGUUGGCGCAGGAGUCCUUGUCUCGGCAUUAACAGCUGGUCCUGCGGCUCUUUUAUUGGGAGUAACAUAUGCAGGAGUUAGAGCCAUUAGUGCGCCAAUAAACGUUAACGUUGCAAUAAAUGACAAGAAUGACAGUCUCCGGAACCUGCAGGUGCUAAAUACACAAGAACAGAACCGUUUGGGUUUCGAAAUCGGAAACGCCAAUAAAAGCCUUCUUGACAACAAAUUCAAAGCAUUGACUUCUUGUUCUCGGUGGACUGAUCUCGAAGACAAAAAAGCUGCAUUGGUCAAUCCAAGACAUUUACAUGAAACAUCAAAAUACGCAUGUAGGUUAGGAGGCCAGUUUACGGUCAUGCAGAUGUUUUGGCAGAAGAUGAGUGAGUCCUUUGAUCUGAUGGAAAAAAGGAUGCAAUCAAGCGUGUUACUUUUACAUGAUGAAAAGUACGGGGCUGUCAUCACAGAAACGUGUCAAAAAGCGUUAACGGACUGGAAAUUAAUAUUGGAUAUCUGUACCCAGUAUGAUCGGACCAGUACAUUGGAACUGAAGAAAAAUUACGAGUUUUUAGAAAUCCAAUACGAACAAAUGUCCGAAGCAGUCGCAGAUAAAAGAAAGACGGAAUUGCUAUCAUCCAUUGAAAGCGCAAGUAAAAUGUUGGAAUAAACUCUUUGUUAUCAACGUCAAAAUUAUAAACUUGCAUUUCAAUUAAUGAAGAAUUAUUUAUAAUAACGAUUAUUAAUAUUUUAUGAUACAUUUUGUUCAGAGAACAAUGCAUAAAAAAAAUCGCCUAUAAUUAAAUGUACAAUUAUGAAUGGUACCUAUUAGGACAGAAAUGUUUACUCGUUCAUGAGAAGUUUUAUUAUUUUAUAUCUUUAUUCUGACUUUUUUGAUAAUUGCAUAGUGUAAGAUCUAUACAUGUUUGUUUUUUGACACCUACAUCUUAUAGAAUCAUAUGCAUUCGAUUGAAGUAUGGUUAAUCUGUAGUAAAAAAAAAACGGCAUAUGGACUUAAUAGAAAACCAGGUAUCAAACCAACAGCUACUGAAAAUAACAAAUGAUCGUUCUUGCUUUAUAUAUAUAUAUAUAUAUAUAUAUAUAUAUAUAUAUAUAUAUAUAUAUAUAUAUAUAUAUAUAUAUAUAUAUAUAUAUAUAAUAACAUAUUUAUAUUUUGUUCUUUAUCAUAACAUAUUCCUUAGUACCUUCAAUAAAAUACUUUAUUUUGGGGAGUCGUUAAUUGUGUAAUGACAUUUUGUAUUAUUACCAUUUGCAGAAAAUCAGUGUUAUAUUGUGUGUUUGUUGUGUGUUGUAAUGACACUAUACGCCUCGGAUGUACUACGUACACAUAUUUGUGUUUUUUAUGGUAGUUUGCUCCCUUGCAAACGUGUAUGUGUUUACCCUCUGUGUUGUUGUUUGAACUUUUAUUAAAGCGUUAUAAAAGAUUGAAAAUUA